AUGGCAGUCAAAGACGGCUCCCGCUUUGAUUUCAUCGUCGUCGGUGGCGGUACCGCCGGCAACAUUGUUGCUUCUCGCCUGGCCGAGAACCCCAAGGUCCGCAUCCUCAUUGUCGAGGCCGGCAUCGGCUCAUCGCGUGACAAUGAAGAGAUUCGUACGCCAGGCCGCGCCAUGGAAAUUCGUGGUAGUCAGUACGACUGGCAGUACAAGACGACCAUGGUCAAGCGGGAUGACUAUGAGCGCAUUGAGAAGCCAAACACCCGCGGCAAGGCUCUUGGUGGCAGUUCGUCUCUCAACUAUUUUUCCUGGGUUCCUGGCUCCAAGGGCACAUUUGACAUGUGGGAAGAGUACGGCGGCAAAGAGUGGACGUGGGACCAUCUUGUGCACUACCUCCGCAAGAGCGUGACGUAUCACGACGACGAGGGUCUGUAUGCCAAGGAGCUCUCCAAGAUUGGCUCUGGCGGCCCUAUCCCCAUUUCUCACGCCAGACUGAUGCCCGAGAUGGAACCGUUCCGCAAUCUCCUCGCGCAGGCAUGGCAGUCUACUGGCGAGCCGCUGUCGGAGAACAUUUUUGAUGGCGAGAUGCGUGGUCUUGUCCACAGCGUCAACACCAUCUACCAGGGUCGUCGCUCAGGCAGCUUCCUCGCGCUCGAGGGCAAGUCCAACAUUACGGUCCUUGCCGAGACUCACUCCAAGAAGCUCAUUAUUGACGAGGCCGACGGCACUGUCAAGGGCGUCACUGUGAUUUCUCCCUCGGGCGGCGAGCUGAACUUUUUUGCUGAGCGCGAAGUCAUUGUCUCCGAGGGCGUGUUUGAGUCGCCCAAGCUGCUCAUGCUCAGCGGCAUUGGACCCAAAGAAGAGCUUGCCAGGCACAACAUUCCCGUUCUUGUGGAUUCUCAGCACGUUGGCCAGCAUCUUCUCGACCACCCCGGUGUCCCAUUUGUGCUGCGCAUCAAGGACCAGUACUCCAUGGACAGCCGUGUCCUCCGCAAGGGUCCCGAGCAAGACAAGGUCUUGUCCGCCUACAAACAGAGCCAUGCUGGUGCCAUGGGCUCUCCCUUCCUCGAGAUGAUUGGGUUCCCCCGCAUCGACAAGUAUCUGGAAAAUUCGCCCGAGUACCGCCAACGCAAGGCUGCCAACGGCAACAAGGACCCAUUCUGCCCCUACGGCCAGCCUCACUUUGAGCUCGACUUUAUCCCCCUCUUUGGAAGCGCUUUCCAGUGGCACUUUCCCCAUCCCAAUCGCGGCAGCUACAUGACUGUCAUGGUUGAUCUGGUCCGUCCCGUUUCCGAAGGCGGCACCGUCACCCUCAACAGCGCCGACCCGCUGCAGCAAGCCAACAUCAACCUCAACUACUUCAACGAUGACCUUGACAUUAUUGCUGUCCGUGAGGGUAUCCGUUUCUCGUACGAUGUUCUCAAGAACGGCCCUGGAUUCAAGGACAUUGUCGAGGACGAGUACCCAUGGGACAUGCCGCUUGACGAUGAUGAGGCUAUGAAGCGUACUGUUUUGGACCGCUGCCAGACAUCGUUCCACCCGUGCGGUACGGCCCGCAUUGGUAAGAACAUUCACCAGGGUGCGGUUGACCCUCAGCUUCGUGUAUUCGGUGUUCGAGGCCUUCGUGUGAUUGAUGCUUCUGUCAUUCCUGUCAUUCCCGAUUGCCGCAUCCAGAACUCUGUCUACAUGGUAGCGGAGAAGGGUGCCGACGCCAUCAAGGCUGAUUACAAGGAUUUGUACUAG